GGCAGAGUGAGGACGGCAGAGAGGGGACCGACGCGGAGAACAGCAGUCCGCCUCCGACCGCGGCUCUUAGUGAAGCUCCAUCCUCGCCUCAGCGCUCCUUUACCCAGCCAGUCAAAAUCUGGAGGACUAUGACCGAUAGACUCGUCUCCCAGUUCAGGGUGGUCCAGCUGGGAAGAUAAAGCAUUUGUGACCUGUGCAUCCUACACCUCCGAUAGAAAAAUGAGGACUAUCUUCCUGGGUGUUGUAUGCGUCCUCUGUCUUCCCCUGUCCCUGGAUGCUUUGUCUUUGAGCGGACGGAUGAUUGAGACCGUAGAUGGAGAGGGAACUGGAGCAGCGAUCAGAGGAGAGAAGCUGCUCAAAAGAGUUAGACGAGGCUGGAUGUGGAAUCAGUUUUUCCUGCAGGAGGAGUAUACAGGCAGUGACUACCAGUACAUUGGCAAGCUCCAGUCGGACCAGGACCAUGGCAACGGCUUAGUCAAGUACGUUCUGUCUGGCGAGGGGGCCGGCACCAUCUUUGUCAUUGAUGAGAGUAACGGUGACCUGCACGCCACUCGCCGCCUGGAUCGUGAGGAGAAGGCUUUUUAUAUCCUCAAAGCCACAGUGGUCAACAAACGGACAGGUCAAAAGCUGGAGCCAGAGACUGAGUUCAUCGUCAAACUCCACGACAUCAACGAUAAUGAGCCUCAGUUCAGCAAAGAGGUUUACACCGGCAGUGUACCUGAGAGGUCUGAUAUCGGUACAUCAGUCAUCCAGGUUACAGCUACAGAUGCUGAUGACAGUAUGUAUGGGAACAGUGCCAAACUGGUCUACAGCAUCAGCCAGGGACACCCCUACUUCUCUGUGGACCCAAACACAGGUUUGAUCCGGACAGCCUUGGGCCCUGGUGACAUGGACCGUGAGCAGAGGGAGCACUACCAGGUGGUGAUCGAAGCUAAAGAUAUGGCUGGACAGAGAGGAGGGCUUACCGGGACCACCGUGGUUAACAUCACGCUCACCGAUGUCAACGACAACCCUCCCCGCUUCACUCAGAGUAUUUACCAGUUCAGAGUUUUUGAGUCGUCAAAGUCUGGCACUCCAGUUGGGAGAAUUAAAGCCACCGACAGAGACAUCGGGAAGAACGCUGAGAUGUAUUUCACCAUCGUCAGUGGAGACGGCAUGGACAUGUUCGACAUCUCCACUGACAAAGACACCCAGGAGGGAGUCAUCACUGUCAGCAAGCCUUUGGAUUAUGAGAAGAAGCCGUCCUACACAGUGGAGAUCCAGGUCCAGAACACCCAGGUGGACCCUCGCUUCAUGUCCGCAGGCUCCAAAGACGUGGCCACGGUUCGGAUUGCCGUGGAGGACGUCGAUGAGCCGCCGCUGUUUGACAAAGCCAGCUAUCUGAUGGAGGUGAAGGAAGACGCUGCGGUGGGUGUGGCCGUGGGCUCAGUCAGCGCCAUGGACCCUGAUGGAGCUCGCAGCAUGGUCAAGUACUCUGUCGACCGUCGCACUGACAUGGACCGCCUGUUCAAUGUCCAUCCAGGAAAUGGAUCUGUGUUCCUGCUCAAGAGCCUGGACAGAGAGGAGACUGCCUGGCAUAAUAUUUCAAUCAUCGCCACCGAGUUCCAUAAUCCCCGUCAGAGCAGCCACGUUCCAGUCUUCAUCCGCCUGCUGGACAUCAACGACAACGCUCCCACCUUUGCCACUGUGUAUGAAACCUUCGUCUGUGAGAGGACUAAGGCUGGCCAGCGGAUCCAAACAGUGAGUGCAGUCGAUGCAGAUGAGCCGUCAACGGGACACAAGUUUUUCUUCAGCCUGGCUCCCGAGGGGACCCACCGCAGCAACUUCACUGUCCGAGACAACGGAGAUAACACCGCUGGCAUCCUGACACGUCGAGCCAGCUACAGCCGCCUUCACCAGAGCGUCUACCUGGUUCCUGUGGUGAUCACCGACGGCGACUACCCCAUGCAGAGCAGCACGGGCACCCUCACUGUGAGGGUGUGCACCUGUGACCGUGAAGGCAACAUGCAACUGUGCAAUGCAGAGGCUCUGAGCAGCUCUCCUGGUCUCAGCACCGGAGCUCUUAUCGCCAUCCUCCUGUGUGCCAUCAUACUGCUGAUGAUCGUGGUUCUCUUCACAGCGUUGAAACGCCAAAGAAAGCAGGAGCCUCUCAUCAUCUCCAAGGAAGACGUCCGGGACAAUGUGGUGAGCUACAACGAUGAGGGCGGAGGCGAGGAGGACACCCAGGCUUUCGACAUUGGAGCACUGCGACACCCGGAUGCUGCCGCCGCCUUGGAGGAGUCCACCAAACAGAGGCGUGACAUCAUCCCCACCGACACCCUGCUGUACCCACCACACCGCCGACCUGCCCCCGCCACCUCCGGCCUCAUCAUGCCGCCGGUCAGCAUGGCGUCACGGGACAACGGGGACGUACGUGAGUUCAUCAAUCAGAGAGUGCUAGAGAACGACUGUAACCCGACAGCACCGCCGUAUGACUCACUGGCCACCUACGCCUAUGAGGGCGCAGGCUCAGUGGCCGAGUCGCUGAGCUCACUGGGCUCAGCAUCGUCUGAGGCCGAGCAGGACUACCACUACCUGAGUGACUGGGGCCCCAGGUUCAGGAAACUAGCCGACCUGUACGGGGCCGAGGACAGCGACUUCUCCUAACAAAGACACCACGAACACACACACUCACUUCCAUGUCAAAGACAGGUUCAGGAGAGAUUUUGACCAAUGCAGGGCCAGAGACAGCGACGGCCAACUACCACAAACUCGAUCUCAGAGAUUGUAAAAGCUGCUGAUGAGCUUUAAGAAAAUGUGAAAUCUUUUCAAAAUACACACAACACACACUCCACACGAUGAAACAACAGAUGUGCUGGCAGACUAUAAUUCCAUUUAAUGGAAAAUUUAAGAACGCCACCUGAUCCUUCACCUGCCUUCGCUGCACAUGGAUCCAAAAAUGCUUACCAAGUCAUUCUCAAAAAGUCCUAAAUAUCUGAAUUUGGGAAUGGCAACUAAUGGAUGUAGAAAUGUAAAUUAACCAGCGCAACGGCAGAGCCCAACAAUCUUCAGUUCCACCAGUGUGAACCUCUUCAAAGACUCAUUUCAGGCCUGAAUGGAGUUUUGAAUCUAAAUUGGACUGUAUUUUGUAUUAAGAAUUGGACUUUUAAUACUUUCAGGCUUUGCUUUAAUCUCUCCUUGGUUACCAAAUAACCACUUUGCAGAGUGUGUCUUGUGGCUUUAAACUGAAUGGAGGACAGCGUUGGGAACCAGGUCAGUCAACAAAACACCACUUACCUCUGCAGAUAUGAAGUGAAGAGUG